AGUGAAGUUGAGAAUCUGCCGACUUCUGAAAUUUGAGAACUGCUGAACUAGAGCAUUAGAGCUCUGAGACUGCGUCAAUAGGUUAAUUUGGCACUAUGGGGAUACAUGGAUUGCUACAAUUCAUCAGAGAAGCUUCAGAACCCAUCCAUGUGAGGAAGUACAAAGGACAGGUAGUAGCCGUGGAUACAUAUUGCUGGCUUCACAAAGGAGCUAUUGCUUGUGCUGAAAAACUAGCCAAAGGUGAACCUACUGAUAAAUAUGUAGGAUUUUGUAUGAAAUUUGUAAAUAUGUUACUGUCUCAUGGGAUCAAGCCUAUUCUCGUAUUUGAUGGAUGUACCUUACCAUCUAAAAAGGAAGUAGAGAGGUCUAGAAGAGAAAGACGACAAGCCAAUCUGCUUAAGGGAAAGCAGCUUCUUCGCGAGGGAAAAGUCUCAGAAGCCCGAGAAUGUUUUGCCCGUUCUGUCAAUAUCACACAUGCUAUGGCCCACAAAGUGAUUCAAGUUAUCAAGAAAAUUGGACAUUAUCUCAAGAUGAAUAUAACAGUACCAGAAGAUUACAUCAAAGGAUUUAUUCGAGCCAACAAUACCUUCCUUUAUCAGCUAGUUUUUGAUCCCAUCAGAAGGAAACUUGUCCCUCUGAAUGCCUACGAAGAUGACGUUGAUCCUGAAACACUAAGUUACGCUGGGCAGUAUGUUGAUGAUUCUAUAGCUCUUCAAAUAGCACUUGGAAAUAAAGACAUAAAUACUUUUGAACAGAUCGAUGACUACAAUCCAGACACUGCUACGCCUGCCCGGUCAAGAAGUCAUAGUUGGAAUGACAAAACAUGUCAAAAGUCACCUAAUGCUAACAGCAUUUGGCACAGGAAUUACUGCCCUAGACGUGAGUUAGAUAUUGUUUCAGAUGCUGCACAACUGAAGGAAAAUCCCAAAACUGUGGGCACUGAACAAGUGAUUAGUACUAAAGGGUUAAAUCUUGCAAGGAAGUUAUCCGUUGUGAAAAGACCAAGAAGUG